UAUAGAAUUUAGGAGUUAUGGCUGAGUGGUCAUUUGGGUCAUCCCAAAGAAAGAAAGCUGAGAAGAAUAUAGCUUAUCCUGGUCCAGGGUCCUAUAAUCCUAAUCUCAGGCACCAGGAGAAGAAGCCUUCCUGGAGUAUGGGCAAGCCUCCUAAUUAUAGGCUGAGUAAGGGAGCAUACCAGUUUUCACCUGCUCCAACUUCUUAUAAUGUUACGAGUAUGCCAAUGAAGACCAAGUAUCUGGAUGGGUCUGGAAGCACCAUCCGUCGCUCUUCAAAGUCCCCUGAGAAGGUUGAUAGCAGCUUUGAGUAUGCCAUGAUGAACAGAAGGUCAGGGUACGGCCAGCUUGAUAGCCCUUUAAGGUUCUCUGAGACUUUGAAUACCUUUAGAUUUAAAGAAUCUGGCCCAUAUUUUGGUACAUCUGAUCGCAAGCCGCUUGAUAUUAGAGAGAAAUUGGAGUUUCCAGGCCCAGGAACUUAUAAAAUCAAGGAUCAAUUAACUCACCCAAAGUGAAGAGAUGUAAAUUUCGGAGUUGGAAAUAGAAAUUCUAAGUUCCUCAAAUCUGGCGGCUUAAGUCCCGGUCCCGCAGAGUAUAAAAUCAAGCCUUUAGUAGGAAAAGAGCUUAUUAGAGCUAAAGCUGAUGAAGAGACUGGUGAUAAGCUCAGGUCAACCUUUACUAAGAGGACAAACUCGGUCUUUGCAAUGUCUGGGAAAAAGAAUAUAAUCACUUAGCAAAUCUGGGAUUUCAAUAUUGUCG